AUGGUGGGCCUGACAGCCUCCGACGUGCACCCCACCCUGGGCGUGAAGAUCUUCUCAGCUGGGGUGGGGGCCUGCGUGGCGGACGUGAUCACCUUCCCGCUGGACACCGCCAAAGUCCGGCUACAGGUCCAAGGCGAAUGCCAGACCUCCAGCGCCAUUAGGUAUAAAGGUGUCUUGGGAACAAUCACCACUCUGGCAAAAACUGAAGGGCCGAUGAAACUGUACAGCGGGCUGCCGGCCGGCCUUCAGAGACAAAUCAGCUUCGCCUCUCUCAGGAUUGGCCUGUACGACUCAGUUCAGGAGUUCUUCACCACCGGGACAGAAACCACACCAGAUCUGGGAAGCAAGAUCUCAGCUGGCUUAACAACAGGAGGAGUGGCAGUGUUCAUUGGGCAGCCCACAGAGGUUGUAAAAGUCAGACUUCAGGCACAGAGCCAUCUACAUGGCCUCCAACCUCGCUAUACCGGGACUUACAAUGCUUACAGAAUCAUAGCAACAACAGAAGGCUUGACAGGUCUUUGGAAAGGGACCACUCCCAAUCUGAUGAGAAAUGUCAUCAUUAAUUGUACAGAGCUAGUAACAUAUGACCUAAUGAAGGAGGCUCUUGUGAAAAACAAACUACUAGCAGAUGACGUCCCCUGCCACCUGGUGUCAGCUCUCAUUGCUGGAUUUUGCACAACGCUUCUGGCCUCCCCGGUGGAUGUGGUAAAAACCAGAUUUGUUAAUUCUACACCAGGACAGUACAAAAGUGUUCCCAGUUGUGCAAUGACAAUGUUCACUAAGGAAGGACCAACAGCUUUUUUCAAAGGAUUCGUACCUUCCUUCUUGCGACUCGGAUCCUGGAACGUCAUUAUGUUUGUGUGCUUUGAACAACUGAAGCGAGAACUGAUGAAGUCAAGGCAGACUGUGGACUGUGCCACAUAA